AUGGGUCGUCUUCACUCCAAGGGCAAGGGUAUCGCCAGCUCGGCCAUCCCCUACUCUCGCACCGCCCCCGCGUGGCUCAAGACCACCCCCGAGCAGGUCGUUGACCAGAUCUGCAAGCUCGCCAGGAAGGGUGCCACCCCCUCGCAGAUUGGUGUUGUCCUCCGUGACAGCCACGGUGUUGCCCAGGUUAAGGUCGUCACCGGCAACAAGAUCCUCCGUAUCCUGAAGUCCAACGGUCUCGCCCCUGAGAUUCCUGAGGACCUCUACUUCCUCAUCCGCAAGGCUGUCUCCGUCCGCAAGCACCUUGAGAGGAACCGCAAGGACAGGGACUCCAAGUUCCGCCUCAUUCUGAUCGAGUCCCGUAUCCACCGUCUUUCUCGCUACUACAAGACCGUCGGUGUCCUGCCCCCGACCUGGAAGUACGAGAGCGCCACCGCCUCCACCCUCGUCGCUUAA